AUCCUCCACUGCCUUUCACUGCCUCUUAGACAAAAUGACACCUGCUCCCGAACUGAACGUUCCGGCAUCGACAGCGACGGUCAACGUCUCAAUAAUCAACAGUGGCUCUAUACGCGGUACCAAUGCCCAGUUCUUAAUUGAGCCGCACAUCUCUGGCCACGACUGGCUCGCAGCGCCCUACCACUGGAACCUACCGCCACCUCUUACAGAGCGCUUCAAGCAGUCCGGCGCCCAACUGAUUGUGCCGAAGGGCGUGCGGGAGAUACUGGACGAGGGUGGAGUGGACACGAAGGCGAUCGAGGCCGUGGUUUGGUCGCACUGGCACUUCGACCACACGGGCGACCCCUCGACGUUUGAGCCGAGCACGGCGCUGAUCGUGGGUCCCGGAAGCAAAGAAAGGGUGUUCCCGGGUUAUCCGCAAGACCCAAACGCGCAUUUUUCCGAGGCCGAUGUCGCGGGUCGGGAGGUAAGGGAGCUGGACUUUACAAAGACUGGCUUGAAGAUCGGGCGGUUUGAUGCUUUGGACUAUUUUGGUGACGGCUCGUUUUACUUCCUUGACUCGCCGGGCCAUGCGGUUGGUCAUAUGUGUGGCCUCGCACGUGUGACGAGUGGUCCGGAUAGCUUCAUCUUGAUGGCCGGUGAUGCGAUACAUCAUAGCGGUGAACUGCGGCCACAUCCUUGGCAUCCGCUGCCCGAAGCCGUCUUGCCGCACCCGUUCACAAUGAGCAGCAGCUCGGCGUGCCCGGGAGAGCUGUUUGAGGGCGUUCUGCGCGAUGGGAAGUAUAGUCCGUUUUAUCUCCCUGCGAAACCGGCCAGUGGGCGACAGAUCCAUUACGACGUUCCUGUCAUGAUCCAGACGAUCCAGAAGCUGCAAGAGGCGGAUGCACAUGACAAUAUUCUCUUUGUUGUGGCGCACGAUGACACGCUCUUGGAUAUCGUGGAUUACUUUCCAAAGACAGCUAACGACUUUGUGGAAAGGCCCCGGAUAAUUUCACCACCCCUACUGGAUAUUUUUACCACCCCCCUAGUCACCGCCUGCCCAAUUGAGUAACGCGCCCGGCAGAAAGUUGCCUUCGUCGUUUGUAGAUAUAUUCGUUUGCUUCUCAACGCCUAAUACCUCAACGCCCACCCACCUCUCGCACCUCUCUUGCCAUUAACACCAUGGAUUACGACCUUGCGCA